AAAGUUGCAUGCCACGUAGUCGGCGUAGUGCAACUAGCUAACGGGUUUGGGUUGUGUUCACAUCAGAGCAACGAGCCCCUUUUUUUAAGAGGAAACAUGUCGCCAAUCCUAUUUAGUUUUCUUUUAAUGUUCGUCCUCUUAAAUGUGGACUGUGCAAAACUUCCGGAACCAGAGGUGAAGAUUGAAGUUCUGUACAAGCCCUUUCUGUGUCAUCGAAAGUCCAAAUACGGGGACAUACUUCUAGUUCACUACGAUGGAUAUCUGGAAAGUAACGGCACCAUGUUCCACUCCAGCCGUGAGCACGGAGACAAGAACGCGGUGUGGUUCACGCUGGGCAUCCGCGAGGUGAUCGUGGGCUGGGAUAAGGGCAUGCAGGACAUGUGUGCCGGGGAGAAGAGGAAGCUGACCAUCCCCUCAGCCCUGGCCUACGGGAAGGAGGGCAAAGGUAAGAUCCCGCCCGAGAGCGCCCUGAUCUUCGACAUCGAGGUGAUCGAGAUCCGCAACGGGCCGCGCUCCCACGAGUCCUUCCAGGAGAUGGACCUCAACGACGACUGGAAGCUCUCCAAGCAGGAGGUGAAGGAGUACCUGAGGAAGGAGUUUGAGAGACACGGUUACCCUGCCAACGACACACACCACGAGGUGAUGGUGGAGGACAUCUUCCAGAAGGAGGACGAGGACCAGGAUGGCUUUAUCUCCUCCCGGGAGUUCACCUACAAACACGACGAGCUAUAGCCACCUUAACGCACAUCACGUCGACCUUUGACCCCUUAAUAUGCCGUCAUUGGCAUUUUCAGCGUAACGCAGUGUCGUCUCCCGUCCCAUGGACGACAUUUUUUAGAUUUUCAAAAUGUAUAGGAAAAAAACAAACCAAGAUGGGUGUGAAAGUGUGUAGAAUGAAUGAAUUGAUCAUUUCUGUUUUCUCCCAGGACUCUGCUUGUUAGAUGGUGUGUGUCUGCCUACCCCCCUACCCCCCCACACACACAUUGAGUUCGAUGAGUUUGAUGUGUGUGUGCUACUUAUACAACAUCCAGCUGACAUGAGUCCCAUAAAUGUAUGUUAGUGCUUUGGGGGGUAGGUACAAAUAUAACUCCAAGGAAAGCCUCCCUAGCGUCCAGCCAGCCCUGCAUCAGGCAGCAUAGUGGGGCACCACCCAGCCCCUAACCCCCCCCCCCCCCCUCCCCGGGGGCCUGAAGCACCCAGCCCCUAACCCUGACCCUAAUCCUGCAUCACCCUGCCUCUGAAGAGAAUGGUAGUUCCACUCAUCACCAGUAGGGGGAGUGCUGUCUCUGCUGCUGUUCUGGUGUUGCCUACACUUCCAACACGGCAGGGGAGAAUAGCAGGUAGUUCUACUCAUCACCAGUAGGGGGAGUUCUGUCUCUUCCAACACAGCAGGGGAGAAUAGCACGGGUGAGGUCUAACCAUCUGUUCCCCCCCCUCCUCUCUCUCUUUCUCCGUCCCCCAUCUGAGUGCCUGUCUCUCUCUGUGUAUAUUUAUUGUGUCAUCUCUUGUACUCUCAGUGUAUCUCUUAGACAGGCGUCUGAGUGAGAGCAUCUGUUUGAGUUUGUUUGGAAUGAGACUGAAGUGAACGCCAUCUGCUCGCUGUCUUGCUGCGUGACUCAAUCCAUUCACAGCCUUCUGCAGAUACACUUCUGAAUUCUCUUGAUCUCAACGACACCCCUUCCUUCUGUGCUCCUCAAGUAACGUGCUGAUUGGCUGGAAUAGCGGAUGGCAGGAGUGUGUACGCGAGUGUGUUUGAGUGACAGCUAGAGGACUGUGUACGAACACCUGAGUGUGUUUGAGUGACAGCUAGAGGACUGUGUACGAACACCUGAGUGUGUUUGAGU